GAAUUUGCCAUUGCAUUCGACAUCGAUGGCGUGCUGGUCCGAGGCAAACAGCCAAUCCCUAGUGCUGGAUCCGCUCUCGACAUACUACGGAUUCACUCAGUUCCGUUUAUCCUGCUCACCAACGGCGGUGGUCUGACUGAAUUCGCUCAUGCGAAGCGGGUUUCCACGCGUGUCGGUGUGUCCAUUCGAGAAGACCAGUUUGUCCAGUCUCACACCCCCUUCAGGCAUUUCGUCGACCAGUACCAGGGUAAGUACAUUCUUGCCCUUGGUGGCUACGGCGACCAGAUCAGGGAGGUGGCUGUGGCCUACGGCUUUGACUGGGACUAUGUCCUCACCAGCAGUGAUCUGGUCAAGCACUUCCCCAGCAUUCACCCAUUCCCGGAGAUGACCCAGCAGUCUCAUCUCCUGCACGGCAAGCUCCACGACAACUUUGCCCAUGAACCCCCCAUCUCGGCCAUCCUUGUGUUCUCGUCUCCUAGAGACUGGUGCCUUGACCUGCAGUUGUGUCUGGACCUUCUCCUGUCCGAGGGCGGCCGCCUGGGCACCCGAUCUACCAAGAACGGAAACACGGCUCUGGACAAUGCAGGCUACCAGCAAGACGGACAGCCUGCCUUGUACUUCUGCAAUCCCGAUCUGGAGUGGGCCACGAGCCACUCACAACCCCGUCUGGCCCAGGGCGCCUUCCGUGCUGCGCUGGAGGGUGUCUGGUCGGGAAUCACCCAGGGUCAUGCCCAGCUGCAGGCCUGGACCUGCGGAAAACCCACGGCGACCACCUACGAGUUUGCCGAGGCUGCCAUCCAGCUCUGCCACGCCAGGCUCCGAUCCCAGGCGGCCACAGCGUUGCGAACAGUCUACAUGGUCGGUGACAACCCCGAGAGCGAUAUCCAGGGAGCCCUUUUGGCCAACAAUGCCCACGGCGCUCACCCUGAGUGGCGCAGCGUGCUGGUCAAGUCUGGAGUCUACACGGCUGAUAGCCCGCCAAGGUUUGAGCCUACUGUGAUCAAGGAUGAUAUCUGGGAGGCUGUUCGCUGGGUGAUCCAG